AUGUCAGGAAUUAAAUUAAAUUCAUCAUCGAGCAUCCCUAGUAAAUAUCUUCCAUCUGUCGUGCUCCAACGACUUGACAUUCCAAAGGACAGUCCUGUAUAUGUUAUUAACACAGAAACUUCUGAAAAAGAAAAAUCAAAUAUAACACAAUCGAAACAGAACUUUUGUGAUCGCAACUGCAAAGAUUUGACACCAAAUCAUGAAGCUCAUCACAAAAUUCUCAGCAUCGAGUAUAUUUGUCAACGUUGCCAUCAAUCAUUUGAAACAACCGAAUUACAUAGUCAGCACGUACUGAACCAUUAUUCCAGAAAAGAACGAAAAAGCUCCGAAAGUUCUGAGUCUGGAUCUUAA